AAAUAUACAUAGGUUAUUUUGUUGAUUUAUGCUUAUGGUAAAUAUAUGUUGAGUGCAUUGAGCUUUACAUGCAGCAGAUGUGUUAAUGUUUCUGUGUGUGGCCACAGGCAGUUUAUUAGACUUCUUAAAGAGUGAUGAAGGAAACCGUGUCCAGCUCCCCAAGCUCAUCGACUUCUCUGCCCAGAUUGCAGAGGGCAUGGCUUUCAUUGAGCAGAGGAACUACAUCCACAGAGACCUGAGGGCUGCCAACAUCCUGGUCAAUAAGGCUUUGGUGUGCAAAAUUGCUGACUUUGGCCUCGCCCGUAUCAUUGAAGACAACGAGUACACAGCCAGAGAAGGAGCAAAGUUCCCCAUCAAAUGGACGGCCCCUGAGGCCAUCAACUAUGGCUCCUUCACCAUCAAAUCAGACGUCUGGUCCUUUGGUAUCUUGCUGACUGAGAUUAUCAGCUAUGGACGCACACCAUACCCAGGGAUGACCAACCCGGAAGUGAUCCGUGCCCUGGAGAAGGACUAUCGGAUGAAGCGCCUGGACAGCUGCCCCGUGGAACUCUAUGAUAUCAUGCUGGAAUGCUGGAAAAACAAGCCUGAGGAGCGUCCCACCUUUGAGUACCUGCAGAGCGUCCUGGAGGACUUCUACACAGCCACAGAGAGCCAGUAUCAGCAGCAGCCAUGAGACAUGUCUUCUCUUAGUGCUGUUCAUUCUCACAGCAGGUCCACUUUCUACAGUGCUUUCUCCAGAGCACACACAUGUUCUCUCUUUACCACUUUCUGUUUCUCUUUUGCACACACACAACCAUCAUAGAGACUGUACAAACAUUAUUGGGGAGGGUUGAAAGUUUUUUAAAUAUAUUUGUAGCAAGCUGAUGAUUACUGAUACUAACAUUUUAUUUUUAUUUUUAUUCAGCCCUCAUUCCUUAGAAUGAGAACAUUUAAAGUAAUAGGACUACAGAAUAGAAAUACAAAAACAAUAUUAGCAACGUAUCAUUUAUUAUUAUUACUAAUGCAAAAACAUUAUGAGAAAAUAUUCUUACCUCCUACUCUUACUACCAGUCUGAUGAUGAUCUGAAGGUGUGGAUUUAGGUUAACAUGACCACAGCUGCAUCAGGUCUACUGGAUAUUUGUCUGCACAAAACUGACCGUAAAUCGUCUGUUUCCUUCACAGUUAUUCCACUGAAUUUUAAAGAUGAACAUUCAUAAACAUAAAUAUAAAUAAAUGAAUUGAAUUUGAAUAAAUGCAUAAGUAAUUAGUGUCACACAACAGGUAUAAAUAAAGAGCAAGGACAGUUUGUUUUCUAAAUGUAAGUAAAAAUAGCACCUUUGCUUGGAUAAGCUCUAAUAGUGAACAGGCAAGCACAUCAAGACUGGUAUUUUUCGCAAAUUGGAAAGGGAAAGCUGGAUUUAAAACAAUCUGACCAUAUACUGUGCUGUAAAAUAGUCUGACUGCUAUUUUUCUAAAAAUAUACAGUAUAUAUAUAAAAUAACAAUAUAGAUAGCCAAUCCCACUUCUCUACCCUGAGCCUCUUAUACUGUAUGUACAGUCUCUUGUAAAAAAGUACAGAGUAACAAGAUAUGUCUAUAUCCACAAACAAACAAAAAAGGCCACCUGAGUCACAUGGAAGACACUGGAUUUAGUUGUUGUGCUCCACCACAUAUUGUGCAUCCUGCUCCAUAACACAGAUGUAAUGAUGAAAUGUGUAAAGCGGUCUGAUAAUACUGUGUUUAAGCCAACCAUUCAGCUGUGACUGUCCCUCCUUCUCUGGUUAAAUCUGCAGGGUUUAACAUGUGAAAGGAGAGUGUUUGUUACAACGUGCAAGAUAUAGUGUAUGCUUUACCCUAUAUUUAUAUAUGUUCCAUGCUGUGGAUUGUUUUAGCAAUACUCCUUCAAUGUGCCUUUUUUAGGUGUUGUUACUUUUUUUCAAACAUUUAUAAUAUAUUCCACACGCUCUGUAUAAAUAAGGUGUGUACAAUUAAAUACAAAAAUGUAGGAAUAGCAUUUAAUGUGAAGCCAUAUUAACUGAUGAUGCUUUUUUAUCCUUUCCGCCCAUUACUUUGGUGGUGCUGUAUUUGGGAACUAAAUGAAAAAGCAGUGCAAAUAUAUCCAAACAUCGUUUGGCCUUGUUUUAUUCUGAGUAAAACAAUAAUUUAUUUGUGAAAAUGGAACAUGAGUUUAUCUUGAAUGCAGUGAUCUUUCCAGAAGGAAACACUUUUUCUAUCAUUUUUUUUGUGAAGCACUCAUUAAGGCUUACUCUUUGUUUGGAUGAUGGGAUUCUUGUAGGAAUGUGUUUUUUUGACAAAAAUCCUAAAAUAUCAAAGGGAAUGCAUUUAAUAAUCUAAGAAUUUGUAAUGUGAUGAUUGGUACCCUUCUGAAUUCUGUGAGUAACAAUAUCUGAGAGGAUGGUGAACAUAUUGAAUCAAUGCCCUGUGCUAUAUAUGAAUUCAUCUGGUUACUAAUGUUUUUCAGUUUUUCUUUAACAAUAUAUUAAUAGUGGCAUAUUUUGUUAAACGCUUUGUUCAAUGCAACUCUGGGGACCAUAUUCAAAUAAAAGGUUUUAUUAGCAUUUA